GGAGGCUGACUGCGCCGCGAGAUUCCCCCGCAUUGUGUAACGUUGGAUCCGGUUAGACGGGAUUGCGAAAUAACCAUCAAACUUUGACUUUUCCUCUCAACUUCACCACAACAGACACCCGGCAACAUGUCGCACACCACCACUGCCGUUGAGUUGGAUGCGUUCCAUGGGGACUCCAAGGCUCCAGCAAGAUUUUCCACCUCAGAAGCGGCAGGUGCAGUUGAGGAACGCUCCGAAGGAAGCACGACCACAACAGAGGAUGCACCUUCUUAUUCUAUUCUCCGAUGCAGUGUUAUUUUUGCUGCCUUGACGGGCGUGACCACUGCUAGCAGCCUGACUACCGGGUUGUUGGCUGUAGCCUUGCCGAAGAUGGCUGCGGAUUUGGAGAUCCCGAAUUCAUUGCUCUUAUGGCCCGCUUCCAUCUACGGACUCACCAGUGGAUGCUCUUUGCUUAUCGCUGGGUCGAUAGCGGACGCAGUCGGCAGCCGCAUUGUUUACCUUGUGGGCUGUCUUUUACUAGCGUUAUGUGCUCUUGCCAGUGCACUUGCACAAACGAGUACCCAGCUCAUCGUUUUUCGCGGAUUCCAAGGAAUUGCAGCAUCCUGUUGUCUCCCCACUGCGGUAAGCAUUCUGUCUGAAAACUUUCCCGGUGGACGAAGACGCAACAUAGGCUUUGCUCUCCUUGGAUCCGGCCAACCGCUUGGUUAUUCUUUGGGACUUUUCCUCGGAGGCUUCUUUGUCGACUCUGUUGGCUGGAGAUAUGCGUGGUAUCUUUCCGCAGGUAUCGCGUUUGUGGUGUUACUGGCCGCUGUUUGGGCACUUCCUCCUGAUAGUGUCAACGGUAAGCUCACCUUGAAGCAAUUCUUCCAACGAAUUGACUGGAUUGGAGCUUUUAUUGCGAGUGCCUCCUUAGGAAUGCUCUCGUAUGUACUGGCCGUCGUUUCCGAAGGGUCCUCGAGGAUCAAAGACGCAGAGAACAUUGUGCUUCUCUGUAUAGCUUGUGCAUUGAUUCCUGUAUUCAUCUUUUGGAUGAAUUUUCGGGUAAAGCAAGCAAAACCUGCUUUGAUACCAAAUUAUCUGUGGAGGAAAGCUUCGUUUUCCUCUAUAUGUUUGAUGGUAUUUUUGACUUGGGCGGCUGUACAAACAGUGGAGUACUAUUUCAGUUUGUUUUUCCAAAAAGUUCAAGGACUUUCAGCAAUGCAGACGUCCUUAAGGUUUCUUCCCAACGUCCUUAUCGGCAUUGUUCUCAGUGUCGUCACCGGAAUGGUAAUCCACAAAUGGUCCGCCUACUGGGUUGUUCUAGGAGUUUCCCUUGUCAGCGCAAUCUCUCCACUUCUUCUGGCUAUUGCAAACCCGAACUGGUCUUAUUGGUACGCAUUGUUUUGGGCAAUGCUUCUAUCACCUCUUGCUGGUGAUGUACUGUUUGUCAUUUCGAACCUCGUCAUUACCAGUGUCUUUCCUGGCACAACCCAAGCACUUGCAGGCGCCGUAUUCAAUACCGUCUCGCAGUUUGGCACAGCGGUCGGUCUUGCCAUCAUGGCCGUCAUAUCGUCAUCUGUGACGGACAAGUCGCACUUUCCAGACAAGGAUUCUCCAGACGCCCUGCUUGAGGGCUACCGGGCUAGCUUUUGGGUAUGCUUUGCGGCAACAUUGUUUUCAUGCGCCAUCGGAGUUGUUGGACUGAGAAGUGUCGGGAAGAUAGGAAUAAAGCAAGAGUAG